AUGUUUUUGAUAAAUUGUUUAAAAAAGAUGAUAACUCCAGUACCUGAUUGUCCACAUUAUUAAAGAAAUUGUGACAAGAAGGCUCCUUGCUGUGGUAAGUUUUAUCCCUGUAGACUCUGUCACGAUGCCAAUUAUAAAGGACCAAAAUCUGAUGGAUGUAAAACAGAAAUCAUGGAUCGAUAUAAUGUUACAAUAAUAAGAUGUCGAAAAUGCUUUUGUGAAUAACCACCAACUAAUUAAUGUAUACAAUGUGGAAUUCAAUUUGCUAAAUAUUUUUGUUCUAUUUGCAAAUUAUAUGAUGAUGAUCCUCUUAAAGACGUGUAUCAUUGUGAUGAAUGCAAAAUGUGUCGAAGAGUAAUUAUAUUAUGUUUAUUUCUUCAGGGAAUCAAAGAACAAAAUUUUCAUUGCAAAGUGUGUGGCAUAUGCUUAUCUAAAUCAAUUUAAGAUUCACAUAAAUGUUUAAAUCAAAUUGUUGAUAAUGACUGUCCAAUCUGUUUAUAAAAUCUCAAAAUUUCUACAAACUAUAUAAUGCAAUUACCUAAUUGUCCACAUUUCAUUCAUUAAUAAUGCUUCAAGCAGCUAAUUAAUUCCAAUUAAAGAAAUUGUCCUAUAUGUAGUAUUUCAAUUGCUGUAAAUAUUUCAUAUAUCAAAAAUAGAAAAUGACAAAAGAAGAAAUAGAAUAAUAUGAUUAAUUAGCUGAAAAUUCAAGAAAAAUAUUACCAACCUAAAUCAAAAAUUAAAAAGUUUAGAUUAUAUGCUUAGAUUGUAGACAAAUUUCUAAGGAUAUUCCUUUCAAUUACUAUUUAAAAUGUAACUAAUGUGGUUCAUACAAUACAAAAUAAUGA